GUGGGUGGGGAUGUCUUGGCAGGCCAGGCACCAUGGAGGCUGCGGAAAUCUACAUGAACCAGGAGGUGAAGAUGCAGGCGGCAGCCUCCAAAGACAAAAAACGAGGGGGCCCAGCCAAAAACAAAGGUGCAGAAGACCCUGACUAUGAGAACAUCACCUUGACCUUCAGAAACCAGCACCGGCCAAAGGGUGGCCAUUCACCACCCGUGAGUCAGGUCCCAGCCCAGUCCAGGCCGCUCUCAGCUCCUGCCCAGAUCCCUCACUGGCUGUACAGAGCCAUCAUGAGCCUGUACAUUCUCCUCGCCUUAACCUUUGUCUUCUUCAUCAUUCUCUCAGCCAUGGUCCUAUUGAAGAAUUCUGAGAUGUCCCAGGAGUUGCUGGUCUUGAAAACGGAGCUGUUAAAUGUCUCAAACUCGAUGCGCGAGAGCCAGGAGGAGCAGAAAAAGAGCCAGAGCCAUGUCCAGCAGGCCAUUAGCCAGAUCAAGAUGACCAUCAACACAGUUGAUACCAAUGUGCAGAAGGAGAACGUGAAAUUGGAUACACUGAAAAAAGAAUUGAACCAAGUCAAGGUGGAGCUGGAGAAGAAAAUGGAGACAAUUUUGAAGGAACUGGAGAAGAAGCAGAAUCCAUAGUCUACACCUCAAUAAAUUAGAGGACAUUACAGCCACAGCCUGAAGCAUGGAGGAAGGGGCUGCACCUAUCAAUGAAGAUGGAAGAGGGGCCACAACUUGAUCUGAACCUGCCACUCCUCCUCACAUAUAGAAAACCACAUGUCCUGAUGAAUGUGUGUCAUGGAGUUGUGUAUGUGUAAGCAUUUCGUGGAGGGUGGGUGUUCCAGUGUGUUCCACAGGAAUACAUCACUGUGAAUGCGGCUGUCACCACGAGUGUGGUGUGCAAACCCAUUUCACUGUACAUGUGAUUCAUACGUGUGUCAUGGUGUGUUGUGAGUGGAAGCAUGUCAUAGUGGGUGGCUGUGUCAGUGAGUACCACAAAAACGCGUCACUGAGUGUGGGUGUUGGCAACAUGUGUUACAUGUGCCUGUUUCACGGUCAGUGUAAACAUGUGUGAGUGUCUUCUGGUAUGUUGCGUGUAUAAACAUAUCAUGAUGUAUGUGUGUUACACAUCAUGGGAAUCUAUCACCGUGUGUGGUGCUCAAGUGCGUGCCCGUCACCACCUGUGUCCACGUGAACAGGUAUGUGCCAGUGUGAAUGUGCCGGAGUAUGUCACCAUGUCUUCAGAGCAUGUCCACUCGUAUGUCCAUUUGUUUGUGCACUCAUGUUUUGUGAUUCAUGAAGAUAAAAGCCAAAGGAAAGCACAUGGCUUCUAGAUCUGUUCUUGGGGCAUCUCAGGGGCUUUGGGACCUGGUGGGGGAGAGUCUGCAAGUGUUUAGACUUGGGGGAUGGGGCAAACCACAGUCAGUAUAUAGACGUGAAGCCAAGGGCUGGGACCCUAGGGCACAGGGUGCAUGGGAACAAAUGUCCUGUGAGUGUCCCAGUUUAUGAACAUAUCCUUGAGCUUGUCCAUGGACAUGUACCCAGGGUGGAACUGAGUCCAUGCCCUGGGCAUGUGCUCCCGAGCACACGUGUGCCUUCAAGUGUAUGUGGCCUGACACGUACAAUGUCUCCCUAAGUGUACAUGGGCCUAUGGAGAAAUACAUAUAUAUCAAACCAAACCCGUUGCCAUUGAGUCAAUUCCAACUCACAGAGACCGUAUAGGACAGAGUAGAACUGCCCCAUAGAGUUUCCAAGGAGCUGCUGGUGGAUUUGAACUGCCAACCUUUUGGUUAGCAGCCGUAGCUCUUAACCACUGCACCAGCAGGGCUCCAUAUAUGUACACACAUACACCCCUAAGCAUAUAACCACGGGUGUAACUAUGACUGUGAGUGUGUGCCCAUGAGUGUAUAUGCGUACUUGAGCUUCGUCUUGGGUUGAACUGUGUCCCCCCAAAAUAUCUGUCAAUUUGGCUAGGCCAUGAUUCCCAGUACUGUGUGAUUGUCUACCAUUUUGUCAUCUGAUGUAAUUUUCCUAUGU